UAAACAAACCCCAAUCUCUUCGUAGAGUUACAUUUUUUUUUCUUCUUUAUUUCUAAGAUGGGCAUAAGUACUGAGACUUUGAAUGGGGUUGAUGGGAAUGUUACGUGGUUAUGGGAAAAAAAUGAGAGUCAUUAAUGGAAAUACCCAGUUCAGAUUGGGGCUUUUAUGGGGUUUGGUCAUAUGGGUAUCCUUUUGAGGGUCCUUUAUACUUGGUUGUUCAUAAGCAUCUACGCAUUUCAGGGCCCUUUAGAAUUGGUUGUUCACAUGCGUAUAUGCUUUCCAGGAUCGUUGAGAAUUGGUUGUUGACACGCGUAUAUGCAUUUCAAGAUCAUUUAGAAUUGGUUGUUCACACGCAUCUACGUGUUUCAGAGUGAUACGGAAUUAGUUGUUGCUAUGCAGGGUGUUUUAGAACUGGGGGCAUGGGGAUUUGGUGAAACCACCAUACCUAAUGAUUGUUGGAUUUAUGGUGGAAGAUUUCGGUUAUAAUGGUUCUUUAGGUUAUGUGGAGCUAGUGGGUAUAUCCAAUUUCAAAACACACUGGAAAUUCAAGGGUUGUGGUGAGUAUUGAAGGGAACCCUAGAAAUGGGGAGACAACCAGAAUUUAUUGUUGAUUGAAUAAUUUGAUGGGAGAGUGAUUCCUCGGAUUAAUGGCUUUAGAUGGUUCUGUGGGUGAGGGGAAAAUAAUUUCCUAGUGGGGUGUAGUGUUUGUUUGUCUUUGUUAAUGAGGAAUGGUUUUUGGAGGGGCUUUCUAUGAUUAAGGAGUCAAUUUGAUUUCACGCAUUUUGGCAUUUUGGAUUUUGGAAGCAAAUUACCUUGUACACAAAUGGGGGCUUGGACUCUACAUGUCCGCUCAUUCUAAUUGUACUAGAGUUGGAUUUGGAUUCUUUUAUGAGGCUAAGUACAGAUACAAAAACCUGGGUUGAUGUGGUUGGAAUGAGCUCCAAUUCCCCAAUCUAGUUUGGGAAUACUGAACAUGCUUUAAAGGUUUUCUUUUCCCUUAUUAGAAUACAUUAUUCAAGUUUACCAUUUGAAACUGAGAGAUGCCAUUCUUAUUAAAAUAGAACUUAUGUAAAUCUAAUUGUAAGUUUGAUAUGAGAUCCUUGUUAUUUGACUGUUAGAGGGAUGUGAGGCAUAGUUGAAGCCAUAUCAGAGUGGAGAACUGGGCAGGAGUUAACUUCCUUUGAAAAUUUGAAUUUGUUAUUCAUGGGAAACACUCAAGCCAUUUGCAUUACUAAUUGGUUUCUGGGUUAGCCAUAUGAAUGGCACACCUGACAAUUAUGAGCCACUAGAUGUUAUUACCAUUGACAAAUUGGCCAAUUUGAUUUAGCAAACUCUAAAACUAAAUUGGCUUAUGUAAAGCUGGGGACUUAACAUAUUUAUUAAAUUUUCUUACUUAUGUUGUACAGGUCAGUCUAGAUAUGUUAUGGAAUACUCUAUUUUAAGAAUCUCUGGAUUGAAAACAUUAGUCAAGGAACCUGUUUUGCAAAUGUUCCUAAUAGCAAGACCUCACAAUCAAAUUAAAGUUCAGUAUGAUCUCUACUAAGGGCUCCUAUAACAAUAUAUACACUGUCAUGCCAUGGAAAUAACGCAAAAUAGAUAAUGCCUAUUUCCAAAUGCACGCUCUACUAUGUUUCUAACUCUAAAGAUGCUUGGGUGGCGGAGUUGUGGCAGCAUUCUAAUGUGGGGGGUGGCUGGAAUCCUAACUUCCCGAGGCCUCUAAAUGAUUGGGAGAUUGUUAUUGUGGAACGCUUUUUGGCAAGACUUCAAGAUAAAGCGGUAGAAGAGGGUAAAGAGGAUAAAGUGUGUUGGGUUGAAACGAAGAGUGAGACUUUCUCUGUUAAGUCACUUCAUGCUAGCUUAAAGACAGGAAGGGUAGUGCAAUUCCCUUCUGGUGUUGUGUGGAAUGUGUGGGUUCCUCCGAAGGUGAGCUUUUUUGCAUGGGAGGCGACUUGGGGAAAAGUUUUGACUCUUGACCAGUUUCAAAGAAGGGGGUGGUCUUUGGCCAACCAUUGUUUCCUAUGUUCUCAUGAGGAGUCAAUCGAUCACAUUCUUUUGCAUUGUGACAAGGUAAAGGUGUUGUGGGAGCUAUUAUUCUCUCUCUUCAGAGUUUAUUAGCUGAUGCAGUCUAUAGUUAGAGAGACCUUGUUAGGCUGACAUGGUUCCUUUGUUGGAGGAAAGCAGAAAAAAGUUUGGAGGGCGGCUCCUUUAUGUCUCUUUUGGACUAUUUGGAAAGAGAGAAAUGGAAGAUCUUUUGAGAAUGUGGAACUCUCAAUCCAAAGAUCCUAGUUCUUUAACUGAUGUGAAGUUACAAGCACAACGAAGAAAAAUAUGUAGAGUAUCUUAUGCACUACCAGAAACAGCCGCUUCUGUAGCAAUUGCUGCCACAGUCGUGGGUGCUGCAGCUACACUUCUUGUAAGAAGAAGUAGACCUUCUGAAGCAACUGAGAUUCCUUUAAAAAUUUGUGAAGAUUGUGGUGGUUCUGGCAUAUGUUCUGAAUGCAAUGGUGAAGGAUUUGUGCUUAAGAAACUGUCAGAGGCAAGUGCUGAGAAGGCAAGAUUGACUGCAAAGAAUAUGGCUACUCGAUACACUGCAGGGCUUCCGAAGAAAUGGAGUUACUGUACUAAGUGCUCUUCUGCCCGUUCCUGUAGCACUUGUGGUGGCAGUGGGAAGUUGAGUUCAUAGUUUUGUUGUUAUCAUGUCUUUCUUCUAAUUGAGAUUUUUGCUCCUGAUUUCAUCCCCACAUCAUUAUCAAAGAAUGUAACCAACUUGCAGUCGCAGAAGAUCAAAAGCGAGUUCAAGCUUCAUUUUAUGCUAUAUCUUGUAAUAUUGCUGCCUCAACUUUGCAAUAUCGCAAAAGUAAAAUGUUACCAAAAUCAUUUUAGCGUCCAACAUUUGGC